AUGCUAUUGUCUUCAACUAAAUUCGAGAGCAAGGCUCAAGAAGUGAUAAAUACUGGACUGGAAGCAAAACCUAAACAUGUUAAGCUGGAGAAGAAGCUGGAGAACUUGGAUUAUGGAAAAGUCACGUUGGAAGGGCCGUCAGAAGGUAACGGGGGAAUGAUGUUAUACACAUCAGGGACAACCAAUAGACCAAAAGGUGUCCUGCUUCCCCAAUCCGUCUUGAUAGCACAGUCAAAAUCUCUGAUCGAAGCUUGGAAUUAUAGUCCACAAGAUCAUCUCCUUCACGUCCUUCCACUCCACCACAUUCACGGCACCGUAAAUGCCAUUCUAGCCCCGCUAUUCACCGGCUCCAAAAUUGAGUUUCUUUUCCCUUUCAACGUCACAGCCGUCUGGCAACGCUUCGCUGCCCCUUUCUUGCCAAAUCCCAAAACGAAAGAGCCCAUCACAUUUUUCACAGUUGUUCCUACCGUGUACAACCGUCUCCUAGCAACGCACAAAGACCUUCCUCCCGAUGUUCAAACCGCAGCAAAAGAAGCCAUCGCCCCGCGGAAUCUUCGCCUCAACAUUUCCGGCAGCGCGGCCCUUCCCACUCCGACCAAAAACGCCUGGUCCACCCUUUCGUCCAACAACAUCCUCCUCGAACGCUACGGCAUGACUGAAGUAGGCAUGGCUCUCUCCUGCGGUAUAUCCCCCACAGACCGCAUAGACGGUAGCGUAGGGUGGCCUCUCCCCAGUGUGCAAGUCCGACUCGUGGACACAGAAACCAACGAAGUGAUCCACGCAGGCUCCGAAAUCGACGCCUACGGCAAAGAACGCGAUGGAGAAAUCCAACUCCGCGGCCCUACCAUCUUCAAAGAAUACUGGCGCAACCCAGAAGCCACCCUCAAAGAACACGUCGAAGAUGCCGAUGGCGGCGGUCGCUGGUUCAAAACCGGUGAUGUAGCCGUUCGCCGCUAUGUUGAUUCUGCCGGGAAAAGUAACCAAGAAUGGGCUAAAGGCCCCAUGUACUUCAUCCGCGGUCGCAAAUCAGCAGAUAUCAUCAAAUCCGGAGGAGAAAAAGUAAGCGCGCUCGAAGUAGAACGGGAAAUGUUAUCACUGCCCCAGAUAUCAGAAUGCGCCGUCUGUGCCGUGCCAUCGGGAAACUGGGGCCAAAAAGUCGGAGCGGUCGUGGUACUCAAUGAUGAAUAUCUACAGGGUAAGAAGUGGGGACCGCUGGAUAUGAGAAGAGCGCUUAGGGAACGACUGGCGGCGUAUAAAAUCCCUCAGGUGAUGAGGCAGGUGGAAUGGAUUCCGAGGAAUGCCAUGGGGAAGAUUAAUAAAAAGGAACUGGUCAAGACUGUCUUUGUAGAUGAUGUUAGUGGGGAUGAGAUGUAG